AGUUGGUCAAAUAAUAUGCAGUCUAUUAUUGACGAAAUCGAUGAGUGGUGCACAGUAUAUGUAUUAAUCUCGAUAUGUUGGGAGAUGAAGGGAAUGGAAAAGAGAUGAAUUUGAUUUACGUUUCUGAAGACAACAUUUACGAGAUUCCAGAAUGUAUAUUGGAGCCGAUUAGUCGAUAUGAACUUCCUCCCGAUUCUGUGCGAUUUCACAAAAUGAUUGGCAAAGGAGCGUUUGGCAGAGUAUACGCUGGUGAAGCCCAUGGAAUUAACGGCAAUCCUAAAGUGACAGCAGUUGCGAUAAAAACACUGAAAGAAACCGCUAAUGAAGAAGAACUUAGUGACUUCUUACGGGAAAUUGAUCUAAUGAAAGACCUCGGAAUACAUGAAAAUGUUAUUAAUAUGUACGGUUGCUGCACAAAGUGUCGUCCAGUAUGCCUAGUGUUGGAAUACGCGCCAGGUGGAAAUUUGCUUAAUUACCUAAGAGCUCUUAAAAAGAAGUGUAAAGAUAUCGUGGCUGCGCAGUCACACGAAGUGACAAAUUCUACCAACGAUCAUGCAGAAGAUUCCAAUGCGGAGAUCUCAAACAGAAUAAAAGAGGAAAUUCGAGCUGCUUUAGAUUCAAAGGAAUUAGAAUCGUUUUCGUAUCAAAUUGCUGCUGGAAUGAAACACAUUUCUGACCAUGGCAUCGUACAUCGUGACUUGGCUGCAAGGAAUAUACUACUUGGCAAAGACAAAAUUUUAAAAAUAUCAGAUUUUGGUUUGUCACGUGAAGGAGCAUACGUGCAAAAACCUGGCGGGAGAGUUCCUUACCGUUGGUUGGCAAUUGAAGCGAUACAAGAACGAAGUUAUUCUAUCGCCAGUGACGUCUGGGCGUUUGGAGUUGUCUUGUGGGAAAUAUGUACAUUAGGGGAGAUACCUUAUCCAGAAGUCCCGGUCGGGGAACUCCGGAAUUUUCUACUAAAUGGAAAGAGAUUGGAGAAAGUUGAAAACUGCACGGAUGAUAUAUAUAACAUAAUGUCAAGUUGCUGGAGUCAACUACCAGAAAACAGACCAACAUUUGAGGAACUGCACGAUAAAUUGUUGGAAUUACGGAAUAAAGGAAAAAUCUAUGUCAAUGUAGACACACUAAUGAAACAAUCUCUUGAAACUGAAGGUCGUAGAAAUUCCGACGAGACAUGCGGCGAGAACAGUACUAGCUGCGAGGAAGGAAGUGAUGACGAGCUGAUAAGCGUGGCCUCGUAGAAAACACUUGAAAACAAAGAAUACGAAAAUGAUAUGAAAACAAAUAUUGAACAGUAAAAAGUAUUGAGUUCAACAAGAGUUUGCCUCCGUAUGUUAGCGGAAGUAGUUAGUAUUCAAACACUAGAAAGUUCACGAAUAUCUCCCUCCAUGCAAGCAUAUUCCCGACAUCUGCAUGCAUAUACAGGGUGUCCCAAAAAAACCGAAAACUAUUGA